AUGUACAUCUCCAAGAAGGAACCGGCACAGCUGCCAAGGCCUUUCUAUGUGCUUAGCCAAGUCCUGAAAUUCUCUAGCGAACAUCACGCAAAAUGGUGGUAUAGCACCACUCCUAUGUUUGCCACGAUGAUGGCGGAAGCCGGCUAUGAUGUCCACUCACAGUACAAGUUCCUCUGCAUCCACCGCGAGAUCAUCAUUCCGACGUUGGGUCCAUACCCUGAAAAAGGUCAGCCUAUGCACUGGAGGAGCCAUCUGACACGCUUUGGCCUUCCUUUCGAGCUGAGCUUCAAUUAUUCCAAAUCACUACUGCGAUUCGCUUUCGAACCCCUCGGUCCCUUGACAGGAACACGACAUGAUCCAUUCAAUACCCAGGCCAUCGGGUCUGUUCUCCAAGACUUCAAAGCAAUGGUUCCAGGACUGGACCUUGAAUGGUUCCAACAUUUUAUCAACGCCUUGGUCAUUUCGGACAAGGAGGCUCAGAGUCUGUUCGAUAGAAACAUUGAGAUCCCCGCGUUCAAGACGCAAAACAAGCUGGCAGCGGAUCUAGAGCCGUCUGGCGAUAUUGUCCUGAAGACCUACAUCUACCCACGGAUGAAGUCAAUCGCGACUGGGACGCCAAAAGAGACACUGAUGUUUGACGCAAUCAAGGCUGCUGAUACUUGUGGGAGCGUUUCCACUCCACUGGCAAUCCUCGAGGAGUUUAUAGCUGAGCGAGCGCCUACCCUCAUCGGCCACUUUCUCUCCUGUGACCUGGUCAAGCCAUCCGAGUCCCGGAUCAAAGUCUACUGCAUGGAACGCCAACUCGAUCUGGCCUCUAUCGAGGGUAUCUGGACUUUGAACGGGAGACGCAACGAUACAGAGACCUUGGACGGACUAGAAGCGCUGAGGGAGCUAUGGCAGUUGUUGCCCAUCAAACAGGGUCUGUGUCCACUACCGAACUGCUUUUACGAGCCCGGUGCCUCUCCACAAGAGCAACUCCCCUUUAUUAUCAAUUUUACGUUGUCUCCAAAGAGUCCACUGCCCGAACCACAGAUCUAUUUUCCCGCUUUUGGGCAGAACGAUGGAGUCAUCGCCAAAGGGCUGGCCAAGUUCUUUGAGAGGAGAGGAUGGGGUGGCUUGGCCAAAAGCUAUCCAUCGGAUUUGGCAUCGUACUAUCCGGAUGUCGAUUUGGAUACCGCAAAUCACCUGCAGGCGUGGAUCUCGUUCUCUUACAAGGGCAAAAAACCGUAUAUGAGUGUCUACCUCCACACCUUCGAAGCUUUCAGCGCCGCAGCCCAGGAGGUCGCCAUGCGUCGUGGGGGUUAG